GGUUGCUCCUGUGCAUGGCCCAUCCUCUGUACCCUUCCACCAUGCGGUUCCCACCCUGUGAGAAUCUGAGUGCUCAUGCCUGCCAAGAAAAGGACUGCUUGUAACCCCCGGAAAGGACGCCUGACCUUCUUGGAGAGUCCAGAGCAGGGGCCCAUUCAUGAGUAUGGGGCUGCUCCAUCAAAGGCAGAUAACCCUAUAUGUGUGCCCACCAAGCUCCUGGAUGACAACGCAGCCACAUCGUGGGUGUCGCCACAGUUUGAUCAAGCCGCAGAGCUGCAUUUCCCAGCACGACGUCGUCUCCGCCAUACAUCCUCCAACAAUACCUUGCAGAGCCGCCCUGGCGAUACAAGUCGGAACACGCUCAGAGUGGCAACGAGAAAACAGAGUGUAUGUAAAUUUCCUUCGUUAUCAUUUACCCAUCAGAACACUACUAGUGUAAUACAAACUCAAUCAUUCUGUGCCAGGAGGCAGAGACAGCCCAAGCAAAAGGUGAUUUUGCAAACCCCUGUGUUGAAAUCUCCUCCUGAGCGCACAUGUGAUAAGACCGUGAGCCCCCCAGACAUAAAGACUCCAGAUGCGAGUCCGACAAAGAACACAUCGCUGGCACCUGCCACAGCUGACCUGCCAACACCAGUCUCCAGGAAAGAGAUUGCACAGGGUGCAGCCAACACACCUCAGGGGAAUGGACAAGUGCUGGCAGAGGAUACCCCCGAGCAUGAGUACGGAGUCCGUGUAACGUGGAGAAGACGUAAGGGACUAAUGAAAUACUUGAAAUCGAGAGGCAGGCUUGAAAGCAGCCAGAUCCAGGUGAAGCUGUGAGAUUUAGACUUCUGUUUGUAAAGAGUCCGAGAAGAUCACACUAAACUUUCAACUCUUAUGAUUUUCCAGCUAUGAACUGGAAAU